AUGCCCCCCAAGUUGAAUCCGCCUAUCGCUUCGGCGCAAGAUCAUGAUUUGUUACGAAACGAUAUGAUCGAAGGCGGAAGGAUCGAAAAAUUCAGGAAAAUGUCUUUAUACACGAUGAUGUUUUUGUCGGCGGCUUCUCCUAUCCUAUAUGAGUCCUAUCUUCUUGUUUGGUACAUUGAUUGUAUCGGGACUCUCUGCCUCAUGGCGAUUGUCGUUCAGACUCACCCUGGUGAAAUAAAGAAAUUUGGUCCUGUCGUGUUUCCGACAGCAGGUCUUCCCCUAGUGAUAGUCUUUGCAAGUCGCGCAUCGCUAUUGGAAAUUAUGCCUUGGAUGCCCUUUGCCAUUUCCAUGUGGCUUUUGAUCACCGUUUACUCUUGCCCAGCGAUGAUAUCCCUCGCUCAAGAAGUUCUCCAAGGACAUCGGCCGGACCUGUCAAAACAUGGCUGCUACCUCCACAGUGUUGCCCGAGAUAUUGAGAAGGAUCAGGACCAAGCCCAAGACUUUGAUUUCAAUCAGACCGAAUUCCCGAAAAGUAUUCCGCAGUCUGCAUUGAAUCACGAACUUGCAUUUAUGGGUCGUCCUGCUUCAAUCAUAAGCACAAAUCCCGGUGACAUCGAUUUAGAUGAAGGUAACACGAUUGGAAAGCUUGUAGCUGCGAGAUUUCUUUCCCAUUUCUCAGGAGAGGAUGCAAGAUUCAUGAAUUUCCCAGAUCAAAUGAGAUUCCACUCACAGGACAGUUCGGCACAUUGUCCGGAAGCACCAGAGGAUUCUUUGAAUGCCAACUACUCAACGACUGGGUCGACAUCAAUCGACCAUUUAUGA